AUGAGCUGUGGAAUUCCAAAGAGCAGUUUUGGAGAUGAACUGGUAGCAGAGCAGACUGACUGGCACCUCCUUCAUCCGAUGACAGUCUGGACCAUCAGUUGCAUGAGUAUUACAAGCCUCUACAAAGCAGACCGCGGCGCCUCCCGCCGCUCCCCGUCGCCGCACCGCAGCCGGAGGUUGCCGUCGCCGCCGGGAGGAGCGGGGGGCCCCGGGGGCGGCCGGGGGGGCCGCCGGGGGAGCGAGCACGGAGACGGCGGCGGCCGGAGACGUUCACCGAGUCUCCGCUCUGAGUCUUCACUGGAACAGAGUUUGCGGAUUACUGUUGGUAAUGACCGGUAUUGCAUUGGCACACCAGAGCGAAGGAGGCUGCCUGAUAGACUGGGCUCACCAAUUGAUAACCUGAGUGACAGGGAUGACAUGGCUGAUGGCCCUAUAUUCACUAGGGGUCUGUCAUGCUCUCGAGGCCUUGAGAGAUAUCCAUCGCAUGAAGACCAGCCUUCAAGUCCCUUCAUCAUGAGACAUGAUGAAGACUACCGCAACCGCGAUGUUUUUGUCCAUCGUUCAGAUUAUAGUCCGCAUUAUGGUCGUCGAGAAGAGCUACCUCGUGGAUCUGACAGAGAUGGUGACAAACUCAGGAAAUCCUCCUAUCCGUCAAGGCCAGAAGAGAGAGGACGAGAAAUAAAGCGUCCACGGUACGAAAAAGAUGAGAAGAUGCAUGGUGUGAGUGGAGAGCAUCAAGGUUCCUCAUCAGGAACACGAAACUAUCGCAGACGAAGCCGCAGCCGCAGUAGAAGCCCAAGCCCAUCAUACCUGAAUGAAGAAUUCCGAGAGCUUGACCGUGCCAGGAGGAAAAGAGAAGAAGAAGAACGUAGCAGAAACUUGAAUCAUGAUGUUUCAGGCAGUGGUUAUGUGAUCCCAGGCUUGACUAAUGCACUACAGACUUCUGAGCCUCGGCAUACAUACAGGCCUGAGGAAAUACCAUCCAUGCCCAAAAAAUCCAUCUUGAAGAAACGAGUGGAGAUGGAAGUAGAGUCUCCUGUUCAGCCUGAGGGCUUUUCUAGCAGCCCUGCUCCCAGCAAGGAUCUUCCUCUUCUUUCUAGUCAUUCGUCUUUGCCUCAGAGCAACAGCACAGCUCCUUUUGCCUCUGAAGUGGAGAACUUUCUCAAACGGUUUAACAAAGACUCUGUUGUGGAGUCUGCAAACAAGGAAUUGCAUGACGGUUUAUAUGAGUGGAGCCCGCUUUCUGGAGCUCCCAAAGACGCUUUCACAUUUGAAGAGAAGUUUGGAAGCUUCUUAAGUCACAAGGAGAAAAUAGAAGCCAAAUCAGAACCUGCUGAUCGCCACACAGACUUCUUGCUGCCUCAUGAGAGGGCCAGUCAGGAUGGCAGUGGUUUCUCCCGAAUUUUGGGCAUGAUGGCUGAUUCUGUCAGUGCUCAGGAGAAGAGGAGGCGUAGUUUUCCUGACAUUGAAGAUGAAGAGAAAUUUCUUUAUGGUGAUGAGGAUGAAGACACCAAAACUGAAUCUCUCCCUGUUCAGAAGCCCCCAGUGAGUUGUGGCAAUGAGAUAAUAAGCCAGAAAAUGAGCCCACCUCCUACUCCUGCUCCAGCUGUCAAGCUGGAUCCUUUAGAGGAGCCUAAUGCUGAGUAUGCAAAGAUCCACGACUUACUCAAAACCAUUGGACUUGAUAUCGGCGUUGCUGAAAUCGGAAAACUGGCUGUUCGUACUCAGGAACGCCUUCAUGGCAAAAAGUUGGCAUCUCGUUCUCCUGAUCGUCGCUCUGCAGACCUUCGCAGACUGGACCACUGGGACUUUCGUCGCAGCCGAAGUGACACUCGAUCUCCAGAGUCAGGCCAGCAGCGCUCAGCAUCACCUGCCAUCUCUUUCCAGCAGUCUAAGGAUGCAUCCUCUCUUCAGAAAUCAGAAUAUGCUAAGAACAAGCCAGUGGGACAGGACAUACCUCCAUGUGCACCAGAACAGCCUCUUCCUCCCGUUUCUCUCAUUCCCUCAGUUCCACCAGCUCCCACUAGUUUGCCACCUACACCUACUUCUGUUUCCCAGUACCAAAUUCCCAACUAUUCCCAGUUCACUGCCACUCAGAUGCCCCAGAACUAUCCACCUCCCACAAUGGCUCCUCCGGGGUAUGAUGCAUACGGGCAUUAUAUGGCUUAUGCAGCCCCAGGGUGGACCAUGUACCCCACUACCCAACAGCCUAAUCCUACGCUGCCAGAGGCUCACGGGCUUCUUACUAUGGCCAUGUCAGCAAACCCCACGCGUCCCAACCUCCGGGUGAUUGAGACAGUCUCUAUGGGAAAGAACGUCCCUGAUUUGAAAAGAGAUAGUUCUGUGCUUGUACAUGUCCCUACCACUCCUGCUCAUUCCAAAGUGCCCCUUCGUCUGUCUUCACACCCUCUGAAAAGUACUACAGAAAAGAUGUCAGAUGAAAAAAAUCGGGCAGCUCAGAAGCAGAAGGUGAUAGAAGAGAGAGAAAAACUGAAGAAUGAACGAGAAGCACGGCAAAAGAAGCUCUAUUAUCUCAAAACUGAAUUGGACAGGCUUCGUAAACAGCAAGGGGAGAUGUUGAGGAAGAAACGUCGUGAGAAAGAUGGACACAAAGACCCCUUGUUGGUUGAGGUGAACAGACUGCAAGAGAAUAUUAUGAAGGAGAUUUCAGAGCUCCAUAAAGAAUCUGAUGCAGCUGAGAAGAAGCAGUCUGAGCUUGACAAAGUAGCACAGAUCCUGGGGAUUAACAUAUUUGAAAAACCCCGGAAACCAUCUGUGGAAACCAAAGAUUCAUCAGAAAAGAACAGCAAGUCAGAAAAUGCAAAAGGUGCGGAGAAGACAUCUUCUUCCAAUAAGGAAUCAAAACCAACUAAUGAAAAGUCCAGAGGUAGAAGCCCGAAGCCAGCAGAAUCCUCUUCACAAUCCUCCAAACAUCCUUUCCAGUUGGCCAGUAUUUAUGAAUAUUAUGAUGCAGGGAACCACUGGUGCAAAGACUGCAAUACCAUCUGCGGAACCAUGUUUGACUUUUUCACACACAUGCAUAAUAAGAAACACAGACAGACCCUGGAUCCUUACAACAGACCUUGGGCUUCGAAGACCCAGAGUGAGACCAAACAAGACUCCAUAAAACGCAUCGAUAAGAUUACUGUUCCUGCCAAAGGCUCUGAGUUUCUGAUUCCCGUCACUGGAUAUUAUUGCCAGCUCUGUCAUGAAUUUUUUGGAGAUCAAAUCUCAGCAGAGCAGCAUGUGAAAAGUCAUCCCCACAAUGAGAAAUACAAGAAAUACAUAGACGAAAACCCACUCUAUGAAGAGAGGAGAAAUCUAGACCGUCAGGCAGGAUUGGCUGUAGUUCUGGAAACAGAGCGCAGGCGGCAGAGUGAGCUAAAGCGGAAACUAGUCGAGAAACAGAAAGAAGAGAAGGAUGAGAAGAAACCAAAAAUAAUAAAGAAAGAGGAAACAAAGAACAUCCCGGAGCUUGGAGAAGGGGCAAAUGAAACUCAAAGCAAAAUAGAUUCUUCUGGACAAAAAAUGGGUAUCAAGCUUAAGCUGAAGAAGGAAGAGAAGGAGGAGAAAAAAGAAGAAAAGAAGGAGGAACCUAAAAAGGAAUCAACAAGUCAGAUGUCCUUUGGGAAAUUCAGCUGGAAAAAGACUGAGAGGGAGGAUAAAGGCCUAGGAGGAGCUAUUCCGAAGGAGGAGGGCAUGGAAGGAAUCAAAGAGGAGAAUAAAUGUCAGUCUGGGAAACUCCAUGCCAAGCCCAUAGAAAUCAAGCUGUCUGGGAAAACUGUUAUCCCACACACUAGCCCAUGGACACCAGUUGUUUCCACACCAACGCAAGCAAAAAUUCUACCCAAUCUACCAGUCCCCACCAUGAUUUUCAGGAAAUCUACUACUGCAACGGUUAGUAAACCACCACCUUUGAACACCUUUUUAUCCAUAAAAUCCUCUGGAGCUACCACCAAGCCACUGCCUGUGGUAAAAGAAACCAAUACAGAUCCUCUGCUGCCUCCCGAUAUCAUCUCAAAAGCUUUUGGAGGAGAAGAGGUAAUUCUAAAGGGGUCAGAGGAGGAUUUAAAAGCAGCAGAGAAAAAUGAGUCUUCUCAGACUUCUGAUAUACCACCCCCCCCUCCUCUUCUAUCUGCAGUCCAGCAGGCAACUGUCAUCCCUGCAGAUGAAGUAGCUCCAGGUGUGUCUGAAAGUGAACAGAGAAUGCUGGCAGUGCUCGUGAGGCCCCCUCCACCGCCACCACCUUCAACUGCUUUUAGUGAACAGGCUAAAAAGGUAGAGAAACGUAACUCUUGCCUCGCCACAGCCAAUGCUAAAGAUCUCUAUGAUAUUUUCUACAGUAGUGGUGGAAAAAGUUCAGCUGACAGCAAGCUUGCAAGUUCUACACUUCCAAAUGGAGAAAACUCUAACCUUGCAAAACCGGCAGAUUUACCUGCAAACCCUAGAACAAGUAGUAGCUCAUCCUCCUUUAAAGAGGAUCAGAAUGUGGCUGCUGAAGUUAGCCAGGUCCUCUCAGCUAAGAGAGGCUCAGAAACGGAGAACACUGUUACUCAGCAAACUUCAAUACCUCAUUCUGAAAUGAGCACCGACAUUGAAAAUGGCAUUCAGAAGGACCUAGGUAAAAAAAUCCAGACUCUUUCAACAGAUGUUCAGACUAAAUUGAAAGAAGGGGAUUCUUCACAGUGUAGUACUCAAGUAGCAGGCAGUUGGGUUCUUGGUGAGAAUCCAGCUGAAAUGAACAAGAAGACACUUCAGCCUCUGCUGUUGGAAAGGUCAGUCACAGAAUUGCCAGAAACAAAAACUGUUUCUGGUGUCCAGAUGCCUGCAGAAAUGGGACUUGUGGAUGUAGGAAGCAGAGAGCAAGCAGGCAGGCAGGAAUUCUGUGAUCUGCAGAAAACAGAAGUCCAAGGAAAAGUUGGACAGGAUGACACAAAUAAAACUGCAGUUACUAAGACAAAUGUUCCUGGCACUCUAGAGAAAGAUGAAGAGAUGAAAGAAGUAAAUGCAGUAAAGCCUGAGCUUAGCUUAGAACACCCAAAGACUUUAUUACCUGCAACACGAAAUGAAAUUCAAACUUUGGGAAAUUCCCAUUUGGUAGAGGAAAAACUAAGUGAUAGCGGUAGAACUGCUUCAAAAACUGAUAGUCCACAGUUGCUCUGUGGUUCUCAAAACACUUCAAAAGAAAAUGUUUUAGUAGCAGUAAUGACAGAGCAGAAUUCUACUGAUACCCCCUUAAAAGAUGCAAAACUGAACAGUGUAGCAUUGGAAGUAUCUCAGCCAGAAGUCCGUGGUGAAACUCCUCGGAUUUCAGAAACCCAAAAUAAGAUUUCAGAAUUGACAAGAAGUCCUGGUGAAUGUGACACUUCCAGAACCAGUAAUGGAGAAGAACAGGUCAUGACAACCAGUUCUUGUUCUGAAAGUGGUUGGGAACUAUCCAAUACACCAAAUACAGAAAUGAGAAGUGAUUCUAAUAAAAUUUGUGCUUCAGAAUUGACAGAGAUACAUCCAGAGACAUGUCUCACCAACACAGAAACUAGAAAUAGCACAUCAGAAGCACAAGAAAAGAUAAGACCUGAACCUUCAGGCCAUGCAGUGUUACAUAACCAAACCCAAAGGCAGGGAGUUGCAUGGUUAGUCAACGCCUGCUCAGCAAACAUUGUUGAACUUAGAUCCAGUGUAGAAUUAGUAGUUGAAGUUGAAAAAAAAUCUUUAGGACACACUGGAUCUGAUGUAAUAUUAGAUGAUAUUUUUGCUAAGAGAGAUGCAAAAGAGGUAGGGACUGCAGGAUUUUCUAGGACUUGCUCUGAUCUUGUCCAAGAGUCAGCAGUUGCUUUAUCAGCAGAUGUGCAUGUGGGGCAUCUUUCAGAAGAAGCUGUCCACUCCCUAGAAACAAAGCGUGAGGUUGUAAGAACCUCAGCAGCCAACAGCGACUUCCACCUGAAUACUGCUCAUUCAGGAUUUAAAACUGAGCAAUCUGAAAGUCUCUCUCCAGAUGUUAGCGUGGAUAACAAGAAAGAUUCCUUGAGAUCAGAAAAUGUGAAACUCAGUGAGACUCCGUCUGAGAAGGCAGAGCUCGAGGUCAAAAGCACUGAUACCGGCUUGGGAAAUACUAAGGGAAAAUAUGAACACCUCAGUAUCCUUUCAGCAGGACUUUUAAAUAAGAAUGUGGAAGAAGUCUCAAAACUAGAAGCUAUUGCAUCCAUUAGGCUGGAGACCAGCAAACUUAGCAAGGUGGACAUUGAAAAACCAGUGGAUGAAACAGAGAUUACUGAUGUUGCUGCUUUGACUUCAGGUACGCGGGAAGAUAAACUUUGCACCCAAGUUUCUCAAACAGCUGUGUCGCAGCAUGGAUUGCAAUCCUCAAACAGCGACAGUAUGGAAGUGGUCAUGCCAGUUCUAGAAAUGCAGGGCAUUUCUCCUGUGUCUGAGAUCCCUCAGCAAGUGAAGAAGGAGAGCAAAGGUGGUGCUGUUGAAAUGCCGUCGCUGAGCUGUGAUGGAGGCAGCACAGAAGGUCGGGCAUCUGGGUGUGUGGAAACUUUCCUUCCUGGGCUCAGAGAAACACACGGAAAGAACGGUGGCUCAGGAGGCAAAACGGUCUGCACUAUCCAGAGCACGAAGACUGAGCAAACAGAAACUGCUGACAGUAGUUUGGAAGCUACAACAAAUUCAGGAAUUGCUGAAAGCGUAGCAGAAAGCCCAGUGGGUUGAAGUGAACCCAGCCAGCCCCAAUAUUUGUGGAGCCAGAGCUGGGAUUAUGUAUAUGGUUUUUUUGUUUGUUUGUUUUGUUCCAGUUGAGGGUUUUGGGUGCAUUUUGCAUCCUGUGGUAGGACUUGACUAAAGUGAAACUUCAGUCACCGGAAACCAGACACAUACUUUUCUGUACAUAAUUAAUUCUGUAAAAUGUUUUUUCAUGUGAAUUUUUUGCCAAUUUCUUUUCUACACUCUGCUAUUAAAAUGGAAUAUCUCGUUUAUAAUGUGUGCGUCUUUGUUGUUUAUUUUGGGGGCUUUUAUUCUUUGAUCAUUCUUGGAUGAUUUCUAGCUCACCCUUUUUCUGUCAGUAGCAUUGCGAGUAGCCCAACCUCUGGGACAAGCUCAAGAACAGCAAUUUAGAACUUGAGGAAAUGGAGACUUGCAGAAGAGCUAAAACUGAAUAUUUCUUUAAACUGUAAUGCAUGGUUUUGUUUACUUUUUUUUGUUUGAAAUGCAAGAAAUGUGAUUCGAGUUAAUUUUUUUGUUUGUUUAUCUGUCCUUGUGAUUUGUAAUUACUGUUAUAUUACAUCUGUACUUAAGCUGUUUCAUUGUAUUGUAUAAGCACGUGUUUGGAUGCCACAUCAGUAAGCAAGGGGAGAAAAUCUGUCCGACUGGCUUUUGGAGAAGAAAACUAAUCGGUAAGGCUCUGUGGCCUGACACCUGGACCAGACAUAUUGAGGUCACUUACAUGAUUUGAAAUGGGCUUUCUUUCAUUGUAUUGUGAUCCAGUAACUAUUUGUGUUAAAUCAUUUAGCAGCAGCUGACCAGCUCUGAAGAAGCAGAAGAUCAGAACCCUGGUGUCAGGAAUUGGACUCGCUUCAUGUGAUAGAGACACAUGCAUGCCUACCCUGAAUGGUCCUAGUGCUAUCAAAAGCUCUAGAGUGAUGGUUCUCAUUUGUAUAGCUUGUUAAAGACUAAAGUAUUAAAUGUGUUUGCUUGGAUAAAUAUAACAUUUUUAUCUGUAAAUUGUUUAAAAAAUAAACAUAUGGUGGUCAACAAGA